AUGUCUUACUACGCUAACAACGAAUACAUCAUCGCUACAAACAACUCGAUCAAUGAAAACCGAUACAACAGUGAAAAGAUGAAAAAUACUGGAAUCAAAGCGCUACUGAGGCCUUUGAUGAAAAUGAUCAAGAAGACAACGAAGCGCACUCCCGCCAAAACAAUGGACACGUGCUACGAGGAAGAUCAGAACUCCUGCAACGAGUUGUUGGAGCGCAAAAUUUGCGAGGAAAUGGAAUCCUGUCAACCCGGCGCUCACUUCUUAGUGUACAACAAGGACGACACGUGCGACCUUGUGCCUGUGACACCAGACAACUUCUACGUACCCGUGCAUUUCGCAAGGACCGAGGCCGGCACCUUCUUCUGGACCACCGUCUCCAAAACUGAAUCUGACUUCGCAGCGGCACAUUGCUACACCGAGUGCCAGACAGCGGAGCAGCAAUAUCCAGUCUUGCAAGAUCGUUGGGUGCAAGCCUAA